AUGCCCCGCUUGCUUGUUCUGUUUCUUGGUUUAGCCCUGCUAAUAACUCUCUCAUCAGGAUCUUCCUCAUCAGCUGUUCCGUCCUGUACGACUGUUUACUCACAGUUAGCGCCUUGCAUACUAUAUGUCGAUCAUGGUCAUGAUGAUCUGAAAGCUGAUAAUCCAUCUAAAGCUUGCUGUAAAGGUGUUAAGGACAUACACAAGCUUGCAACCAAACAAGAUCACAUUGCAGUCUGCAACUGUAUAAAAGCAACAGUCAUUGAAGUUGUAUAUAUCAUUCCCUCUCGCAUAGCUGAAGUCCCAAAGAAAUGUGGCCUUCCUUAUAAUGUGCCUCCCAUACAUAAGAACUUCGACUGUAACACGUAA